AUGGAGAAUCCGAAUUCUCUAACGGAGCUUUCUGCUCUGGUGGAGCGGACCCUUCUGGAUACUGGCCGGCUUUUCAGAAAAUCAGGGUCAAUGCCGACGAGUACUCACCUGCAGCGCUCGAUUCCUGCAUAUUAUGAGGGCUUCCAGGAGGCCUUGGAUAACCUCACUGAGCAAAUUUUCAUCGCAAAAGCCUUCUUAGAAAAAGACUAUGAAGCCAUCAAAGCGCGAGAAGCCGUGCCAAUCACCGCUGAAGAUGUGGCCAUGGACGAUGUAGACCAGAAGCUAGAGCAAGAAGCCCAGCCUUCAGAACCCAUAAAAACGGAAAUGGGAACUGAGCCUUCCCCUGCUGAAGCAAAGGUAGCAAACGAUGUACCUGCGCCAACUGAAGCCGCGCCCGUGCCCCAGCCUACCCAGGAUGCAGCUGUUAAAGAAGAAAAGCAAACCAAGAAGAACGAGCCUGUGGGUCAAGACUUUACUGAUAACGCGGACGGCCUCAAUUUCGAUUCAGUGCUCAAUGAGGGUGGUGGUGGCUCGGGAUCCUUCCAUCUCAGUCUCGACUUUGAUGAUGAUAUGGGAAACCAGGCAUUCUUAUCCGGAUCGGCUUUUGGGAGCACGGGGCCCAAUGACCAGAAGACUGGUACAUCACAACCUCCGGAGAAUUCGAUGACAGCCCCUGCUGGCGGGGGUGCUUUUGAUAUGGAGCUUCAGAAGAGUGAAGGCGACCCGACAGGAAAUAUAUUUCCGGAUCAAGGAACGGGGAUGGAUGAUUUGAUGGGGCCUGGGGAAUCAAGCUUUGAUGAUCUAUUUAUGGAGACUGAGAAUAUGGGAGGUGAUGGCACAGACCUCAAUCAGUUGGAAGGUGAUAGCUUGAUGAACCUCAACGAACUGGAUGAUAACUGGUUUACUUGA